AUGGACGAAACACUACUCCAAGCUGUCGUCGAUAACAGUCAGAUCCCCCAUCAACCUUUGGUGCUCAUCACCCACUCCGCCCUCUUCUCCGCCAGGCCUCUGUUUCAUGAUAUCGUCAAGAGGUCUUCCCGAAGGGGAAAGGGUACAACCCUCGUGUCCGUUCUAUAUCCUCCGGAUACCAUCACAAAUGGCCCAGGGAGCAGGACCAAUGUCGUCGAUCUCACCAGCUCCAUCGAUGGAUAUGGCACUUUCACAGAUUGGGACUCGAUUCAAGAACGUAUCCUAGCAAGCUAUGAAACGACUAGAGGAGAGGUCAUCAUCGACGCUGUGGACAUUCUGGCAGAAGAUUACUCCAUACAGGUGGUGGUGAGACUCAUCCGGACCCUCUUGAGACGAAUGAGGGAACAUAAAGCGCCUUCUCGCCUCGUCCUCAUGUUAUCCCACUCAUCUUCCCUUUUCCACCACCUCGAAUCCACCUCGCUCUCAUCAACGUUGACCCAUCUGCACCCAUCCCAUCCAUCACUUCUCGUCCACCUGUCUAAACUCUACCUAACACCUAUCAGCCCUUCUCCAAAAUAUUGGCAGAUCCUUCAAAUAGCUCACGCUCGACGAACUUCCGAGCAUCUCGCUUACACCGCUCAAGAGGGCUUCGAGAUCUCCCCUUGGUCUACGCAUGCUGCAUCCUCGUCAAGUGAAUCCAGUCCGACUUCCGGAGCAGUUGUGCAGGUUUUGGUUCGUCGCGCAGCAGGAGGGGCGAAGGGAAUCACCAGAGCAUUGGCAGCAUUAUUGCCACCUUCAUCCGACGGUCAACAUUUGAUAAUCGACAACGUAACACGUAUCGUCCCCCUCAACCCAUUCAACCCUCCAGACAGUCUUCCCACGAGGGGCGAGAAAGAGGUGACGCAUGCCGAUCUCAACUUGGCUUUCAACCUCACAUUGACAGACGCUCAGAGGAAACAAAGGAUGAGCGUACCUCUACCUUAUGCUCAUGAAGGAGAAGGAGCAGAUUUGCUGUACGAGGAGGAAGACAUGAGCGACGAGGACGAGUAG